ACCUUAUUCUUUGGCGUUUCUGUUUUCUUGUAUUUUGAAAAUCCCCCAGAAGCGAAUACGGAAAUUGCAUAAUAAAGUUCCGCUCCUGAUUGGACGAUACAACAUACGCUAGCUUUGACCAAUAACGUGUCAGCUAGGCGGAGCUGUAAGAAUAUAUAAGCAGAGAGUCGACGGUAAUGAAAUAAUUCACAUUUCUUCUCUUUACAGAAGAUAAAUUCAUAUUGAACAUGUCUGGAAGAGGAAAGACCGGCGGGAAGGCCAGGGCAAAGGCAAAGAGCCGGUCAUCUCGGGCCGGGCUUCAGUUCCCUGUCGGCCGGGUCCACAGGCUGCUGAGGAAGGGGAACUACGCUCAGCGUGUCGGCGCCGGAGCUCCCGUCUACCUGGCGGCGGUGCUUGAGUACCUGACGGCUGAGAUCCUGGAGCUGGCUGGAAACGCAGCCCGUGAUAACAAGAAGACCAGGAUCAUCCCCCGUCACCUGCAGCUGGCUGUUCGCAACGACGAGGAGCUCAACAAGCUCAUGACUAACGUCACCAUCGCUCAGGGCGGUGUGCUGCCCAACAUCCAGGCUGUCCUGCUGCCGAAGAAGGCCGAGAAAGCUGCCAAGGCCAAAUAAGUCGUCAUUCAACGCAACACCACAAAGGCUCUUUUAAGAGCCACACACACACCCUAUCGAGUUUCUUCCUGUUAGUGUGAAAAUUAGGUAGUCAGUAAAAAACAAGUGUCUUCAAAUCAGAUUUUAAAAUACUUUCGGGGCUGAC